AUGUCUGGUCCCGUGAAGACGUCGUGCUAUACAUGGAUGCAGGCUAUUAGCCGCAUCGUUAAGCAGCACUCACCGGAUGAGGUUACGCCGUACAUCCACAAGAUCUUCCAGAGCUUCGAAUGGCGGGAGGAGUACAACUGCUCGCCAGUGUCCCAUGAAGAACUAGCAGCAAAACAGCACUUUUGCCUGAUGCUGAGCAAGGUUUCUCUGAAGAACUUCGCGCGCUGGAAGUUCACUACUACCUCGACAGGGCAAGGCUACCUGGAGGCCGACAUCAAUCCAGAUCCCGCGACAAUGAAGCAGAUCCGCAUCGCCACGACCCAGCUCGAGUGCCCCAGCCCGCCGGCGCCGAUGCACUGCAUGGAGCGCUACAUACAGGCCGAGCACGCCGUCGUGGCGCUCGGAAGCGCAGCGAACGUGGUGUUCGGCGGCGACAUGAGCUGGGACGACAACACCGACCUGCCGUUCCCACUCCCUGCAGGCUGGGUCGAUGCCUGGACCCUGAUGAAGCCCCACGAGGAUGGUACUGGUAGCAGUAGCACCCGCAGCGGUGACUGGAUAGAGCCGUUCAGAGCCGGAGGCCUCUGCAAUGCGCCCAGGAAACGGUCGGACAGGUUCGCGUGCAAGCUACGGGAUUACGAGCUCAGGAUAGUAACUUAUAGAGCAUAG